CCUCACACCUUCACCCAGUUCAACACAGUCGGUGGUUGUGCAGCUGGCCCCAGUCUUCUGCUCGAUAUAAUCCUCAGGGAAAUGGCUGCAUUGAUCAGGAGGAUUAUCAGCACAUCCAGAGCUCCUGCUGCUAUCGGCCCGUACAGCCAAGCAGUGGUGGUAGAUCGGACAGUGUACAUCUCGGGACAGCUGGGGAUGGAUCCUGCCAGUUGUCAGUUGGUGGAAGGUUGUGUUCAGGCUCAGACCAGACAGGCUCUUCAAAAUAUGGGUGAAAUCCUUAAAGCUGCUGGCUGCGGUUAUGAGAAUGUUGUCAAAACCACAGUGCUCCUCGCUGACAUGAACGACUUCACUAAUGUCAACGAUGUUUACAAGCAGUUCUUCAGCAGUAACUACCCAGCCAGAGCUGCCUACCAGGUUGCUGCACUUCCGAGAGGUGGACUGGUUGAGAUUGAAGCAAUUGCUGUUUUGGGCCCUCUGUCCACUGUUUCCUAACAAGAGUAUCUGUCAAAAAAUUGAAAAGAAAUCUGGAAACCCUACAAUGAUAAAAAAUAUAUGUGCCUUGCUUUGUAGACCAAGCAAGAAUUGAUAAGACAUCAAUCUUGUAUAGCAUGUACAUAGUACAUCAUUUUUAUUAUAGAUCUAUUAUCCUUCUGUAUUGUCACAAAUAAAUGUUUGUGUCGUGGGUCACUUUGCAGACUAUAUGCAGUCAGGCUCAUUGCUGUAUUGAUCUUCUCCAGCAGCCUGUGUCGUCACGAGCCAUACCCAUCAGUUUAUCCUAAUGCCAAAUGAUGGAGGAUCAAAUUUAACUCAAUAAUAAAUGUUUUUAAUGUGC